ACGUAAAGCGUGAAGUGACGGAGUGACGUGAAGUUGAAAUUUGUUUUUUUUUUUUCGUAAUAAAGGAUUUGUUUGUAUUUGUCCCGUGAUUUUUACUUAAUAAAAAUAAAAAGAGAUCAAAUUUUUUUUUAAAGUAUUUUUAUUUAUUUAUCAAAUUUAAUCGAAAACACGAUUCUUUUUGUAAAUAUUGAUUGUUUUUUGGAUUUCCUGGAGGUUCUAACCUCAAAUAGAGGCUUGUGUGAAAUCAUGAACUGCACGAUUAAAGUUUAUUAGUUUCCAAAAAUUGUGUAAAUACUGUUAUUUUUUAUUUUUUUAUUAAUUUUCUUUGGCGAAGACUGAUAUUUUUUUCAUCAAUAAUGGGUAAACCAGGUCAUGGUCAUGAUAACAAAGGGAAAAAAUUGUCAUGGACUUACAGAAAUAAGAAAAAGAGGCUCGGCAAGCCAUCAAACUUUGAAAAUGAUGACAACGUGCAAGUUCAGAAUAAGAAAGGAAGAAUAAUUGUUCGCAAUCUUUCGUUCAAGGUCACUGAAGCGGAUGUUAGGCAACUUUAUGAACCAUUUGGAGAAAUCGAAGAAAUAAAUUUACUUCGGCGUCCAGAUGGAAAACCAGUUGGAUGUGGUUUCGUUCAGUUUAAAAGAGUCGUGGAUGCAUCAAAAGCCAUUUUUAACACACACAAAAAAGAAUUCCUCGGACGCCCCAUUAAUAGUGAUUGGGCCAUAUCGAAGGAUAAAUACUAUGAGAAAGUAAAAACCGACGUAGAGCAAAAACAAGAAAAUAAGGAUGAAGCGCAUGUUGAAGAAGAAAACAAGGGGAAACAAGAGGAUGGAGCGAAAGGUAGUGGAAGUUCUCGUCCUGAGAAGAAAAAAUUCAACCAGAAUAAAGCCGAACAACGAAAGUUGAAAAGACUUCAAAAACGGAAAAAGCGAGCGAGAAUCGUAGUCAGAAAUUUAUCAUUCGAGGCUACCGAACAAAAUUUAAAGGAACACUUCUCACAAUACGGAAACAUCGAGGACAUUCGAAUUCUAACAAAACCUGAUGGAACUAACGUUGGUUGUGCGUUUAUCCAAUUCGAACUCGUACAAAAUGCUGCUAAAGCUAUUCAUUAUUCAAAUUCAAAACCCCUUCUGGAAAGGGAAAUCAUCGUUGACUGGGCAGUUCCUAAAAGCAAAUUCGGCGCUCCAUUGGAAGUUAAACACCAGGAUAUAGACAUAACUGAAGAAAAGGAAGGACAGGAGGAAGCUGAAGAUGAACUUUCUGCCGUUGAAGUGAAAGAAGAAGUCAUUUCUGAUGAGGAGAAGGCUGUGAAAGAUGAAAGUGAAUCAGAGGACGAUGAAAAAUCGGUGAAAAGUGAAGAUGAUGAAGAUGAGGAUGAAGAAGAACAGGAAGAACAAAAAAAUAUUGUUAAGGAGGAGGAAUCGAAACCUCGAUGGGUUUCGAAUGACGUCAGUGAAGGGAGGACCGUUUUUCUCAAGAAUGUGCCAUUUCAAGCUAAAGACGAGGAUUUGAAGGAUUGUAUGGAACAGUUUGGACCAGUUUUUUAUGCAUUGGUUUGUGUAGAUCCACUUACGGAACAUUCGAAAGGAACCGCAUUCGUUAAAUUUAGGAAUGUGGAAGAUGCUGAAAAAUGUUUAUCAGCUGGAACAGAAUUGCGACUCUUUGACCAAGUUUUAGAUCCACAUCUUGCGCUUCAUAAGAAUGAAAUAGAGGAUCAAAAAAAUUUUAAAUCUGAGAAAAUAAAGGACUCAAGAAAUUUGUUUCUUGUCAAAGAAGGAGUAAUUUUGGCUCGGCACAGCGCUGCAGUCGGUGUGUCGGCGCAAGAUAUUGAAAAGCGGCUGCAACUCGAACGGUGGAAAUCACAAAUGUUGCGAAACUUAAACAUGUUCGUUUCGAGAGUUAGACUUGUGGUGCAUAAUUUACCGCCCACACUUGACGAUGCGAAACUUCGGCAACUGUGUAAAAAUCACUCUGGACCAAACGCGGUUAUUACUGAAGCACGAGUGAUGCGGAAUUUGAGGAAGCCAGACGCCAAUGGAGUUGGAGAAUCAAAAGAAUAUGGUUUUGUUACAUUUACAAUGCAUGAAGAUGCUCUGAAAGCUUUAAGAAGCCUCAAUAAUAAUCCAAAUAUUUUCACAAAAAAUAAGAGACCCAUCGUGGCGUUUUCGAUAGAAAAUCGCGUCAUGGUGAAUGCCAAACAAAAGCGAAUUACGAAAAGUCGAGAGCAUAAUCCCCUCUGGACGGGAAGUAAAGACAGAAAAGAGGAACCACCGAUAAAGCAAACAAGAACAGAAAAAUCUGGAGGCUUCGAAAAUUCGGUUGAAUCUCAUCAAGGAGUAACGAGUAACCCGAAACAAGUCAAGGGAAAGCCAACAUUUAAGGUGGAAAAACAGGAAGGUUUGUACAAAACUUUGCUGAAGAAUCAGAAGAGGGAUAAAAAGACAGCAAAGAUAAUGAGGGAAAAGAAAAUGAGAGAGGCAAUGUCCAGAAAAGAAAUUAAGCCGAAACAAGGAAAGAGGAAAUCCAACCCGGAUGACGAAAAUUUCGCCAAACUUGUAAAUAGCUACAAACAAAAACUUUUGUCAGUGCCGAAUAUGAAAUCGAAGUGGUAUGACACUUAAAAUCGACGAAAUUGGAAUAUUAUUCCUAAUUUAGUAAUUCAAUUAAAGUCUAUCAAAAAA